AUGUACACAGACCUCUGCUCGAUAACAAGGUAUUGGUCAGGAACUUGGUGUCAGCAAGCAACGGUAUCUCGGACUGUGGAUAGAGUUGUGAACAGCAUAGUUGCACAGUCGAACGAAUGGAUCAAGUUUCCGACUACCAACCAUGAACUGAUGGAGGCCAAGCGGAUAUCGCGAAGCAUGUAUAAAUUUCCGACAGCAAUUGGUGUAAUUGAUUGUACACAUAUAGGAAUCCUGAAACCAAAUCGACAUGGAUAUGAGUAUAUCAACCGAAAAGAGAAACGUAGUUUAAAUGUGCAAUGCACUUGUGAUGUCAGAGAGAUGUUCACAAGUGUUGAUGUCAGUUGGCCUGGAUCAGUGCAUGAUUCCAGAAUAUGGAGAAAUUCACAGACUAGAUCACAACUAAUAAAUAAAGCAAAUGUUGCACUACUCGGCGAUGACGGUUAUGGUAUUGGGCCAUGCCUUAUGACUCCCUUCAGAAAUCCUACUCCAGGUGCAGAAAUAAAUUAUACAACAGCUUAUUGGAGCAAAACCACAGCUCAGCCUCAUCCUGCGCAGCCAGAGACUGUGCCAUUGAGCGCUCAAAACUGUUAG